AAAUCGAUUGUUAUAAAGUGCGCAUGUGCGGUAGUUACCCGGGUAGGUUUUGCUUUCGCAAGGGAACAAAUUACGGGAACGAACUGUAGAAGAGGGUGGUUUCCGAAUUUGUUUUUGAUUUGUAGGAGAACGGAAAAACAAGACCGUAUUCACUCACGGAACUGAAGGCACUGGCGAUUGCAGAUGUCGUACUACUCCUCGUCCCACAGCUCGUCUCGCAACACUGACUGCAAGGUCUAUGUGGGAGAUUUGGGCAAUGGCGCGGCCAAGGGCGAGCUGGAGCGCGCGUUCAGCUACUACGGCCCUUUACGCAGCGUCUGGGUAGCUCGGAACCCUCCCGGCUUCGCCUUUGUAGAGUAUGAAGACUCCCGAGAUGCCGAGGAUGCUGUGAAGGGCAUGGACGGGAAAGUGCUUUGUGGGUCUCGGAUCCGAGUGGAGCUCUCCACCGGCUUGUCCAGGAAGACCCGGUACGGCCGGCCGAGCCGCAGGCACUUUGACCCCAACGACCGCUGCUACCAGUGCGGCGACAAGGGCCACUACGCGUAUGAUUGCUACCGCUUCAGCAAGCGGGGCGGCAGCCGCCGAAGCAGGUCUCGUUCCCGCUCACGCUCUCGAUCCCGCUCCAGGUCCAGAGGACGUCGCUACCGCUCCCGUAGCCGUAGUAACGACCGCAGGUACCGUUCCCCGUCGUACUCCAAGCGCAGAAGCAGGUCUGGCUCUCCUGCCAGGUCCAGGUCCCGAACUCCAGUGCGGAGGUCCCGAACUCCAGUGCGGAGUCGCUCCCGCUCUCGCUCUCGUUCCCGCUCUGUGUCGCGCCCCAGGGGGCGCUCGGUCUCUCGCUCUCGCUCUCGGUCCCGAUCUCGCUCCAGGUCCCGCUCCCCCAGCCCCAAGAGAGACGGGUCACCCAUCCAAGAAUGACCUGGCCAGACCUUGCUUAGCUUCAGAGACGCACAAAGCUGAUCAGCUCAGACUCCAGGGGGCGCUGUUUGGGUGACGGCUGGAGGCCCCGCUUUCUUUUUCUUUUUUUUUUUCUUCCUCAGAUCCAGCCUCCCUGUUGAUUAGCUUCAGAGUGAAAACAAACCCCAAAAGAGAGAAAUCAGACGUGAUCAGACUACAGUGACGAAUUUCUGCAGGCUUUUUUUUUUUUUCUUAGAGUUGGGGAGUCGACCUGCGCAAGCCCUGACCAGGUUCAUCCUUGCUGAGUUUUUUUAACGUCCGCGAGGGAAAAGAGCUGACGAGACCUCAGCCUCCGCCCAUCGGGGGUUAAAGAGGUCGUCCGACGCACGUUCCGACGAGACACUUCCUGCGCAUACACACACCGCUCUUCUCCACCCCCCCCCCCCUCCCCACUCCCCCAUUCCCCACCUGAACGGCGUGCUGAGAUCAGGCGCCCGCUGCCUUGUAAGCCCCGCCCAAAGCUCCGGCCUCGCUUAGCUUCUGAGGGUGAGAGGAGAGCUGACGAGAGAUCAGACUUCAAGACCCUCCAGUGUGUCUCCAAGUUCUCGCGUCCGUCGAGUCUCUGUUCUUGUUGUUUCUGCCAGUGUCUUCAAAGGUAACCCAUUCAAGAGUCACUGUCAUUUAUGAUCAGAACCCAGCCCUGAACGCACAUGCUCCCAAGACCUAGAGUAACAAAAUCGUUUCUGCAGUUUCUCUGUGGUAUAGCCUUUUCUGUACUCUGCACUCCCUCCCUAACUGUUUUUAGGUUUGUUUGUCGUAUUUGGGUAAAAGGUAUCUCAAAAGGUUUGUGUUGAAUAAUAGCCAUUGGGAGGGAUUGCCUGAUUUACGCUCUAUAAAAAUAGAGGGCAUUUAGCUGUUGGUCUUGGGAGAUGCAGCAUUAACAUACUGUUUAUGGACAUUACUCUGUGGCUUCAGUGUUUUAACUCGAGCUGUUAAUUGUGACACUUGUCCUUAAAGUAGGUGGGCCCAUGUGUUGGAUUGAGUGGCCGGGACUUGGGUUCCCCUGGGUUCUGAAUCCUAACGUGUGUCUGGGGCUGCUGCAGCCCAGAAGCACGCCCUUUGUCCUCUAAGUAGCAGGUGCACAGGAGUCUCGUGCCUAACAGUAUGCUUGUUUGGAGGCAGUUUUGUUUCCCUUUUAUACAUUUGUUGUUGUUGUUGUUAUCCCCCUCCCCCCCAACUCUGUUUUUGUUUGGGUGUGGGGGGGUUGGGGGGAAGUGCAGGAAGUGCACGCUCAGUCCUCGGCUCCUGUCCGACUCGCGUCCUUCCCCCGCAGGGUGGUGUCACACCUCAGACGGCCCUCUUGCUGCUAACUCCUGUUGCCUUGCGGCCCAUCAGCUUCCUUUCUCUGUCCCUGAUCGAGCCCUUUGCAUAUCCCUUUGUUUCUUUUCAAUUGGAAAGCGUGGGUACAACACCCCACGCCCAACCCCCCCCCCCCAGUCGAGUGACCCUGUGGCCGUUCAUCGCCUGAGCACUUUUGCGGUGGCCUGGUCACGGUGCAGUGUAGCAGUAAGUGGGUUUUGCGGUUGAGCCAGGCAGGAGCCGGGGGAAGGGCGUGCGCGGGGGGUGGGGGGCGCUGCCGCUGUGGAGGCUAGGCCAGCUUCCGCCCUGUACUAACGCCCCUCUCUGUUCCUUUCAGCCGUUCCAGGUCGCCCAGCCAGAAAAAGAGCCCCACUCCCAACGGUGACUGACGGGGAGAAAGGAGGAACCCCCCCCUAAAUUCCCCCACCCUUUUACCCCCACCCCUCUCCCCACACCCACCCUUGGAGCUUUGAAGGCUUUUUAUUUGAUCAUUUCUGUCUGUUUUAAUUUUAAGGCUAAUCCUCCCAUCCCCCCCCUUUCGUCCCAUUAUUUUCUAUAGCCGUGCAAGUUUCAACUGUACCAUGUCUGGCCCAGCCCCACCCCCUUAAUCCAGACAGCACAUUCCAAAAACUGCCUGUUCGGAUGUUUCUUUCACUUGCCCUCGUUUAAUUUUUUUUUAAGAAAAUAGAUAUUUAAAUAUUUUUAGCUCUUUUUUUCCGUUUGUAUGAUUUGCCAGUCUUACUUUCAAAUUUUUAUUUUCUGAAUUCCCAAUAUGACUGCGUAGCGCACGCAGAAGUGGGUGGUUUGAGUUGUAAUGUGCUGUAGUUGUGAGUGUACAGGACCCUUGAUGCCAGGCGGUUGGGCCCACAUGAAAUUGCAUCAGAGCUCGACUGGAAGCAGGAUUCAAUUUUUUUUUUCCUCCCCCCCUCUCAUUGGAAUGUAAAUUCCUGGAAAAUGGUAAUUUGAUUUUUUUAAAAUAAAGUACAUGUACACA